CCUGAGAUAUGCCCCAACAUAGUACUCACCCGCAGGAUGUCCAGAAUCUAUCUGGCGGCCUGCACGAACCUUCAAAUGGUUUUGCAGCGCCCUUGCGACUCUCAGCUUUGCCAUUGUCGCCACCAUUCCCCCCACUAUGUGUUCAGCUCUUGGGGCCAUCAAGUUUCGACGCUUCGACUCGGUUUCACCCGACAUACCACAGCUCAAAACCGACCCCAGGUCCACAUGCAUCCGCAAGACUGCCGAUAAACUCCGGUGGGAUCCCAACCUGGAGAUGGGUGUCUAUCAAGGCCUAACUGCCGAGGAGCAGGCAGUGGUCAUGGAGGACCGCUUUGAGUGGGGCGAUGAAGAAAGCUCUUCAGAGCCGGAGCGUGAGGAACCACUGGAGUCUUACAUAUGGAGGAUUCCCCUGAGACGUAACAACAAGAAGACCCGCCAAAUCCCCGUGUCGACUGCAGUGGAUCCAUCCCAGAGUCAAGCCUCUGACGCAGGCGGUCUGGUCGCCAGUUUCCCGCAGAAUAAUCCCUCGGGCUUGGAGGAAACUCAGACUCAGUACUCACAGGAGAGUCAAGCCUCUGAUGCAGGCGGUCUGGUUGUCAGUUCCCCGCAGAAUAAUCCCUCAGGCUUGGAAGAAACUCAGACUCAGUACUCACAGUCGCUGCCCACUGAAGUCAAGGAUUUUCUUGCUAUUUUUGAGAAGCAUUGA